CCCAAAGACCCUACAGAGCCAGGAAAAUUAGUUUGUUUUCCUGGAACUAUAGUGGUCCUUUAAGGGUUUCCAGACCCUGUAAAAUUCUUAGAGCCUAACACUGGUCAAGCUGUGACCCAUCACAGUUGAGACAAGCAAGUUGCAAGUCAACGCAAUCAACAACUCAAAAGCGCAUAUAAUUCUGUAUAAUGUCCUUCCACAGACAGCAGCAGGUCAGUGUUAUCUAACUGAUACCUGCAAUAAAGAGACAUUAGGAUAGAAAAUAAGGGACUGUCCCUCCCACAUAGAGACACUUGGCAGGUUUGUAUUCUGGGACAUAUGGCUGUUAUAACCUUCAGAUUUAGCUAUCACGUGGUAAAUGGAGUUUCCAGAAUUAUAGAACACGUUUAGUUCACUCUUUAAAACAUAAUGUAAAAGAAAUGAAUUAAACACCUGAGAAGUUACACGUGGUAAUAAAGCCCCCUCGCUCUAGAGGCGACAACACAAUAACACGCGGUGUCUUUCUCUAGCGCUUAGAACUCUGCGCCUGCCAUUCCUCAAGGCGUCACUUCCGUCGCCGCACUUCCGGUUUGGUCGCAUGUGUCAGGUAAACAUCCGGUCUGUGCUCGCUGUCAGUCUCCCCGGGGCCGAGCCGUGCCGUGCCGUGCCGCAUGGUAGCGCCCAAUGGUCCGGGCGAUGUUCCGGCUGGCCCGGGGUUGCUGCAGGGCGAGGAGGAAGAUGCUGACGAGCCUUUUAUCAUGUCUGUCUCCAUGGUGACGCCGCUGAUGACGUCCAGCUCGGUGGCGGUGGAGCAGAGCGUCCUGCAGACCUUCUUCACCCACCUGGGCAACUUCUCCUCCGACAAGGCCAAGGACAGCGCCGAGAAGGAGAAAGAGGCCAACAAGAAUGCCGGGGCCUCCUGGUCCUCCAUGCUGGCAGCCCUGGCUCAUCUGGCAGCGGCCGAGAAGGCUUAUCACAGCAUGAGCUUCCUGGGGCAGAAACCGGGUAACUUCACCCCCACAUCUUACCGGUCAUAGGCAGGACCCCCCACAUGUCAUAGCCAGGACCCCCCCACAUCUCAUACCGGUCAUAACCAGGACCCCACAUCUCAUACCGGUCAUAGCCAGGACCCCACAUCUCAUACCGGUCAUAGCAAGGACCCCCAACAUCUCAUACCGGUCAUAGCCAGGACCCCCAACAUCUCAUACCGGUCAUAGCCAGGACCCCCCACAUCUUACCACUGACAGGCAGGACCCCCCCCACAUCUCAUACCGGUCAUACCCCAGGACCCCCACAUCCCCACCGUCAUAGCCAGGACCCCCCUCAUGUCCGGACCCCCAUCUCGCCGGUUAUGAAUAGGACCCCCAUCAUACGGUCAUAGGACCCCACAUCUCCCCGUCAUGGGACCCCCCCAUCUCAUACCGGUCAUAGCCAGGACCCCAUCUCCGCCGUCCCCCCCACAUCUCAUACCGGUCAUAGCCAGGACCCCCCCACAUCUCAUACCGGUCAUAGCCAGGACCCCCAUCUCAUACCGGUCAUAGCCAGGACCCCCAACAUCUCAUACCGGUCAUAGCCAGGACCCCCAACAUCUUACCACUGACAGGCAGGACUCCCCACAUCUCAUACCGGUCAUAGGCAGGACUCCCCACUUCAUCCCAGUGCAGAGGGACAUAAGCGCAAGAAUCGGCUAAAUGAAAGUUUUUUUUUUUUUGUUUUUUUUUUUACCAUUUCAUGGGUGGGGAGUUGUGCGCAGUGUUAGAAAUACAUCUUCCGAAAACUAAAGUGUUCCUUUUAAUUCUUACCACUGCUUUUCCUAAUGGUGCCGUGUUAUUUCUCUCCUCCAGGUGGCCAAUCGUUCUUCAGCCGAAAAGAUUCCAUCAGAACCAAUUACACAUCACUGUAUAAUGAACUCAAGAAGGUUGCAACCACUGGUAGAAAUGCCAUUGGUGGCACUGCUCCACAGUUGGAAGAACUGCUCUCCCACAUUUCAGAGCAGCUGUGUUACUUUGUUCAGGCUCGAAUGGAAAUUGCUGACUUUUAUGAGAAAAUGUAUACACUGAGCAAUCAAAAGUUCAUCAAUGCAGAGGAGCUAGUCAAUAUUUUGGAAGUCAUUUUAAAAAAGUACGACUCAAGGUAUGUGCUAUAAUUAGUGUCUAUAGGGGUGCAUUAAAUCGGCAUUAGGGUGUGUAGUUGUUCUUCCCAUGCAGGGCAAAUCAUAUAGGAGUAGGUGGUAGGAGGGAACCAGUGGUGUAACAUACUAGGGAUCACGAUUCCCCCUGGUGUAGGUAAUAUGUAAUUUACUUAAAUAAAAUAAAUAAUAUUAAGCAGUGCUUUGUAACGUUUAUCUUUGAUGCUUGCUGUAUCCUUUGCUUAAGUAUCAGGUGUUAAGCCAAGCAGGACAUUGUUAGGGCUCAUUGACCUCAUUCAUGAAAAUAAUACAAAAGGACAGUGUUACUUAUGUGUUUGACUUUUAAGGAGACAUCACUAAAAUACGUUUAUAUGCAGCUCUGUCAUGGUCAUGUGUUCUUCCUUGACCAAAAACAAUGCUACAGAACCCCAAUUUCAGUACAUCAUAGCCCUUCCUGGUGUAAAAUAGUAUGGAAGAGAAUACGGAGAGACAUUGUGGAUUAGACCAAACAAAACUGAGAUGCAUUUGAAAGGUUAAACCUAAUGUGGCCAUUAUAUGUAACGUAAUCUUUAUCUAGAGAGAGAUGGAUUUAUGUAAAGACUAACCCAUAACUCACUUGGUGUCUGAUCCGCUUGGGUGCUAAAAAACUAAUUCAGAUGAUUUAUGGCUUUGUAACUAAAGCUAUAUAAUUUUUUUUUUUCUGUAAUGAUGCUAGUUAUUGUUUUUAGGUUUUCUGUUACAGUAAACAUCACUCAGAAAAUGAAAAGGUGUUUUAUUAUUCAUUCAAUAUAUACGAUUGUGUUUGUAUGGAGUGAACUUUGAAUAUUCAAUCUAACACUGUGAUUGUGGCAUUUUAAAGGACCGCUAUAAUCUCCCUCUCAAUGAAGUGGUCUGGGUGCAGUUGCCCUGUCAUUUUUCUCCUGCAAGGUAAAACAUUGCUGUUGAGGAUAUAUAUGGCAAUGAUUACAUUGCAGAGUUAAACACUUCCUGACAUCCACUAAAGAACCCACAGUGAUUACCAAGUCUGACUUAAUUCUUAAACACACUCCAGGCACCAUAACAACUUCACCUAAAUUUAGUUGUUAUGGUGCCAGGAUGCCCCAGAGCGCACACUUGCCUUAAGGGGUUAAACUGUUCAGAUGAUAUUCUUAGCCAAACAGGGACUCCCCAUUAACAAAACUGGCUUGAAAAAGAUACCUUUCUUUUCAAGCCAGUUUUAUGAAUGGGGAGCCACUAAUUGGCUGAAAGCAUCACCUGUCCUUUUUAAAAUGGUUUAACCCCUUAUGGUAAGAGUGUGGUCCGGGGACUCCUGGCACCAUAACACUUGUUUAGAUAAACUUGUUAUGAUGCCUAAAGGUACCUAAACUAUCCCUUUAAAUGAUAGAAGCAUUUGAUUGGUGCAUUGCGGUGAUUGUCACGCAUGCACAUUAAUUUGACAGUACUUCUCAAUGAGAAGCAUUGGAUUUGACAAAAUGAUCAUCAAGCCUGAUGAUCUCAGCAGAGGUAGAGACGAGGCAGCCUCAGACCUAGAUUUCAGUUAAGUAAAGAGUUAAUUUAAUGAUUUAUUUACUUUAUUUUUACGUAAAAAAAGUUCUGAAAUCUAAACAGCCUGAUUUACUGUUAAAAAAAAAAAAAAAAAAAAAAAAUAUGCAUCCCCCUCUAUUGUUCUUUUAAACUCAGUCUAUGCUACUCUCUCUGUUUUGUAGGUUUCACCAUCCAAUACUGUCCCCACUAGAAAGUGGCUUUCAGCUAGAAGUCGACGUUCUCUCACAUCUACUGAAAGCACAGAGUCUGAUAUUUGAAUGGAAAUUUCUCUUAUCACUGGUAAAUUUGCACAAUGCACACACAAAGCUACAGACCUGGGUUCAAAUAUUUGAGAAGCAAAAGGAAACCAAGAAACAUCUAUUUGGAGGACAAUCCCAAAAAGCUGUACAGCCUCCACAUCUCUUCCUCUGGUUAAUGAAGUUUAAAAAUCACCUUGUAGCAAAGUUUAGCUUCUACUUUCAUGAAGCUCUUAGUAGGCAGACAUCUGAAAUGAAGACUCUAACAGCUAAAACUAACCCAGACUACUUUGGAAAAAUCUGUAGCUUUAUUAGAAGAUAUGACGCUGUUAAUGUAUCCUUAAUUUUUGACAACAGGGGUUCAGAUAGCUUUCAAGGUCACGGUUAUCACCAUCCAGACUCAUACAGAGAAGCUCCCAAAGGGGUAGACCAGUACCCAGCAAUAGUAUCAUUACCCAAUGACAGACCCAUAAUGCACUGGCCGAAUGUCAUCAUGAUAAUGGCAGACAAGAGUCCUGACCUCAACACCUUGGAAAAAGUGGUCUACUUUUAUGAUGACAAAGUUCAAAGCACAUACUUCUUGACACGUCCUGAGCCUAAUUUUACGAUCGUGGUUAUUUUUGAAUCCAAGAAGUCCGAAAGGGAUUCUCACUUCAUUUCUUUUCUCAAUGAAAUCUCACAUUCCCUGAAAAGCUCAAGGGUAUUUGCAAGCUUGAAGCCAGGGUCCAAGGGUUAAAUUAAAUCCUAGUUAUAGAUAGAAGAAAAGUAUAGAAUUGUCACCAUAAAGGGAUGUUAUGUUAUAGAUUAAACACCUGCUAAUUACAUGAAUAUAACACGGAGAGUGAUCUCAGGGGCUGUGCUAGUUCUCAUUUUACUUAUUUUAUUGUAGUUUUUUUCUACUUUUCCCCCACCAGCAGAAUAUCAGGGCUCUCUAUAUUUCUAAUUUCUCAGUAUUAGGCCACACUCUCGCUGUUCUAGCUGGGGAUAAUAUAUAAAACUUCUGCAAAUCAACCUUUUCACAUUUGUCCAUACGAUUUUACAGACUUUUCACUGUCAAAAAUAUUAUUGCUGCAUUUCUGUUGUCAAAUAAAGUGUUAAAUAGCUGCAAAGAUACUGACAUACAAAGUGUCAGCAGAUACUUGUAGCAAAUCCAGAUGCUCUCAGCCAAAUGAUUUAGAAUGGUUCUGAGAAUUGUAGUCAUGGUACUAAGUUAGUGUUGAGUAGUGAUUUGAUUUUUGUUGAUACAUAUUGAAAAGUUUUGUACCAGCAUCUAUUAAACAAUAAAAAAAAAACCUCUUUAAUAGAAAAAAAAAAACGGACCCUUAAACCAAAAGCUUCUGUUCAGAGGGACAAUACCUGAGGUUUAAGAGAUUUAUGCAACUCUAUUGAAUAUUUAUACCCAUGAACAAUAUCAAAGGUGACCUAAAAGAGGUGAAAUAGGGAUGUGGUUGUAGUUUUUUCUCUUUGAUCUCCUUUUUUACCCCCCUUUAGAUCUUAUUUGUGUAUCCACCAUUAUUAUAUUCCUGCAGAGUUCAGAGUGUUUUAAUUUGUCACUUUAAAAGGAGUUCGUUUUCAAACAUGUUGGAAAAUUAUAGCGUUACUGACUACCAUACAUUGUGGAGAAAUUUCAAUUCCUUUGUUAGUACUUUACAAGUCCCAGUUUAGUGGCUAAUAAAUGAUGCUUAGAUAUCGAAUUGUUGGUGUGGGGAUCUAGUAAACGUGUAUUUAUUUUUUUUAGACUCUCACAUACACCUGCUACACUUACUUCUGACACAGUAAUCACCAAAUUCAGUGCAGUAACGUUUUUUAUUUUUCGUGGAACUCAUCCUCUUGUUAAGAGUUUGAUUUGUAGACCCGCUGCUAUAUCUGAGACUUUUUACCAGUUAAUUUUAUUUGUUGUAUUUCUUAAACCAUCUGUCUCUAUGGAUGUUGAUGUCCCACCUAAGUUCUAUUUAUAAUCCAUAUUUGAGAGUUUAAAAUUGCCAAGUAUAUUUUUUACACGUUGACCUUCACAAGGUUUCUCUUCUUUUUUUUUAAUCAGAAUACUGAACUUUAAAAUGUGUUUCUUAAGAUGAAUAUUAUCAAGUGGUUAAGAAUAUAUGACUGCAAUACCUUUAGAAUAAAAAUGUUUUUAUUUUGUUUUGGUUUAACACGGGUAUAAAUGUGGACUGCACUAAUGGGUGGGUGCUUAAGUCACUACAUAAGCUGCUAAAAUUAAAUUCAUAUUGCAAUUAUUUUGCGUUUGCUUUAUUUCAAG